AUGCCCGAAAUAGUCAUCGACGAGAAGGAUCUGCUUCUGGAACGUUACGACAAUGUAUUUGUUCUCACAAUGCGAAAAGCGCCCGAGAACCGAAUCAACAGCGCAUACGCCCAGCGGUUGAUACAUGCCUACAAUACCGUCCGCAAGCUACUGGGAGAGGACGCCGAGGGAGCAGUCAUUACGAAAGGCAACGAUGCCAAAUUUUGGUGUACGGGACUCGAGCUAGACGAAGCAGACAAGAAUCCUUAUGCCAACUCCGAAGGCUUUUACCCAUUGCUCGCCACUAUUGUCGAUUUCCCAUUUCCCACCAUCGCCCUGAUCACCGGGCAUACGUUUGGUGGGGCGGGCCCGUUUGCUCUGAGCCAUGAUUAUCGUGUCAUGAACAGCAAGCGCGGCUUCAUCUCGAUGCCACCUGUGAAUUUAGGCUUGCAUUUUCCCGGCAUUGGAGCUCUUCCUCGAUUGAAGCUGAGUCCGCAAGUAGCGCGUAAGAUGCUUCUCGAGGCUCAUCGCUGGACCGGGGAGCAGGCACUCCAAGACGGCAUUGUGGAUGAGAUUGCAGAGCCGGAGAAGAUGCUCGACGUUGCCUUGGAGCUCGCGAGGCGAUUGGCACCCAAAGCGAAGAUGGGAGUGUUUUCUCUGCUGCGGAACGAGCUGUAUGGCGAAGCAGCGCGCCAUUUCCGCGAAAUAUCUUAUAUUCAUGGCCGACAAGUGGGGACAGUGGCCAAAGCGAAAAUUUGAAGAUACAUGGGCAGGUACAUUGACUUGAUGUAAAAUGG